UAUUAUAUGUCAUGUCAUCAAAAUCAUCUAUAUGACAAUUUUAUCAACGAUGAUGAUACCAUCCUUGAGAUGGCCUGAGUCUCUUGAGAUGGCCUGAGUCUCUCUACUUGCUCUCGAGAGACUACAUAAAUACUGUCCAUGUGUUCUUCGCCUCUCUUCCUUAAUUGCACUCCUGGCUCUUCUUCUCUCCGCAACUACUUCCUUAGUUUACUCUAUCUUGCUCUAAGCAGGCACGGCGGUCUCGAGUGGAUCGCGCUCAUUCCCUGCAUUGUUCGCUCCAUCCGGUUGAUCCGAUGGGCAAGAAAGGUGCCCUCGCCUCCAUCUUCUCCAGGUCCUCCAGCCUCGCUUGCGACUCCUCCACGGCGGCCGUGAUACCGUCGCCGUGGCCAUCAUGCCGGGACCCGCAGACCGACUCCUUCCAUGCCGGCGAGGAACCCUGCGCCACGGCUGCUGGUGGCAGCAGGUGCGGCCCUGUCGCCGCGAGGCACCGCAAGCUGGUGGGUGCCCCGGGCGAGAUGUACAAGACGGUCAACUCGGUGUACAUCGACCCCGACGACGGCGAGUCAUUCUCUUGCCUCAGCGCGGAGGGGGAGGAAACGGUUGUAGUGGAGAACGACGGCUUCUCGACGUCCACUGUGUCCGAGGAGUGGUCGGAGGCUGUGAUCCGCAGCCUCAGCCGGACGACUUCGUCCACCGGCCGCUUCUUCUUCGACCAGGGGCCAGCGACCCACUCCAUCCCGUUCCCGUCUGCGUCGGCGGCCUCGACAACCGGCAGCACACCACCGGAGGAGGAGAAUGACAAGUCGGCGGCGCUGUCCAAGAACGAGAAGCCAGGAGAUGGUGGCAAAUCGCUGGUGGUGGAGGAGAGCGUGGCGGUGCCAGUGGACUCGGCGGAUCCGUACGGGGACUUCCUGUCGUCCAUGGACGAGAUGGUGGCCGCGCACGAGCUGCGCGGCUGGGACGCGCUGGAGGAGCUGCUGGUAUGGUACCUGCGGGUCAAUACCAAGAACCACCACCCGCUCAUCGUCCGAGCAUUCGUCGACCUGCUCACCGGCCUCACCGCCAGCGCCACGGCAAACACCUCGACGACGACAAGGACAAUGACGUCGAGUAGUAGUACUAGCAGCACGAGCAGCACGAGUACUAGUAGUAGCACGAGUAUGAGCACUAUUACCACUGGUGGCGAUGGUGUGGUUGUUAGUGCUGCAUCAGCAACGGGACUAUGCGACGGCGGGAAUGGUGCUUCCGCGUCAUGCUCGUCGUCUUCUUCGUGCCUCCCGGGUGACGACGACGAGGCCAGUCGUGGGGAAGACUAGUCACUCGACUAAUCAUAGAUUAGACCGACAAUCAGCAUCUACAGUAAUCUGCAUGCAUGUGGUUUUGCUUUUGGAUUUCGGGCUAAUCAAGCAACUGAGCAGUUUUUCUUUC